AUGUUGUGUAGUGGCACCGCAUGGUUGCCACUGCUUUUGUUGAUGAGUGCUGAUGGGACCGAUUUUGAAGUUGCAAAUGGCGUUGUGUUGAACGUUACUGCUGUUGCAUUUGUAAGGGUGGUAUUGCGUAUCAAUGCUUUUGCUUCUGGCUUAUUUACUCCUCAUCGCUGCUGUUGCACUGUUGUGGGUGGUGAUGCUUCAGUUGAUACUUGA